ACUCGUCGUCCUCCACCUCCACCUCCACCUCCACGCGCUCCCACAGCCGUGUCUCCUCCCCUCCCCUCCCCUCCCCUACUUAUAACCAACCACCCCGCACCCAAUUCCAAUCCACCCUUCCAUCGAUUUCGUAGGCUGUUCCCGAAGGAGAAGAAGCAAACACUCGUCGGAAAUCAAGUAGGAGACGAAGAAGAUGGGUUCCGGGAGCCGCGCCGUGUCGUGCCUGUGUUGCCCGUGCAAGUGCCUGGCGUGCGGCCUCUUCAGCUGCCUCUGCAGCAUCCUCAUCUCGCUCCUCGUCACCGUCGGCGUCCUCGUCCUCAUCCUCUACUUCGUCUUCCGCCCCCACAUGAUCGCCGCCACCGUCGACUCCGCCUCGCUCGCGCAGUUCUCGCUCGCCCCCAACUCCGCGCUCGCCUACAACCUCACCGUCGCCAUGACCGUCCGCAACCCCAACAAGCGCGUCGGGCUCUACUACGACAGCGUCGAGUCCCUCGCGCUCUUCCAGGACCAGCGAUUCGGAUACACGCAGCUCGACUCCUUCUACCAGGGCACCGAGGCGUCCACCAAGCUCACCCCCGAGUUCCACGGCCAGGAGCCGCUCCAGGGCGACGUCACCGCGGCCAACUUCAGGAAGGAGCAGUCCGACGGCAAGUUCAACGUCGACGUCAAGCUCAACGCCAAGCUCAGGGUCAAGGUCUGGACCUUCAAGGUCCCCGGACCCAAGGCCAAGGUCACCUGCCCGCUCUCCAUCCCGGCGCCAGGCAGCAACACCGGCGCCACAUUCCAGCCCACCGACUGCAAAGUCUGGUUCUGAUCUGAUUUCACUUGGUGCGCUGAGGAUUGGUUCGUUGCGUUGGUGCUAGUGCCAUUAGCCUGUCAUUAACCUGCUAUAGAUGGAUUCUUUCUUUUCUUCCGAUUUCGAUUUGUUGUUGCUGUACAUCGCGGUGCUUUAGAUUUUAUAUAUAUCCCGGUAGGCGUGCACAUAUUACCUGCCCUUUGGAUUUGUUAUAUAUGAUCAUCUUCCUAUUGCUGUUGAGAUAUAUUCAGACUAUGUUCGGCUUUA